GAUGUCACGGUUCAACAUCACCAGUUUGAACUUACAAUACUUAAGUCCUGGCAAGUCAUAAGUGGGGAAAAUGUCUCUCCCAAGAUUCCAAAGAGUAAACUUUGGGCCAUAUGAUAAUUACAUUCCAGUCAGUGAAUUAAGCAAACAAUCAUGGAAUCAGCAACACUUUGCCCUGUUAUUUCCCAAACCACAACGGCCAGGAACAAAAAGGAGAUCAAAACCUUCUCAAAUACGGGACAAUACAGUUCCUAUAAUGGAUGAAGAACAAUUAAGAGGAGAUCGUAGACAACCAUUAUGGAUGUACCGUUCUUUAAUGAGAAUUUCUGAAAGACCAUCCGUUUAUUUAGCUGCCAGGAGGCAGCCUCUCAAACCAACUCGUACUGUCAAGGUGGAUUCUAAAGCAGCAGAGAUUGGUAAGAAAGGUGAAGACAAGACAACACAGAAGGACACAACAGAUUCAGAAUCAGAAUUAAAACAAGGAAAAAAAGAUUCAAAGAAAGGCAAGGAUGUAGAGAAAGGAAAAGAUGAAAAGCUAGGUGCAAAGAAAGAUAGCAAAAAAGGUAAAAAGGAUGCAGAGAAGGGCAAAGACUCAGCUACAGAAUCUGAAGAUGAAAAAGGAGGUGCAAAGAAAGAUGACAAAAAAGAUAAAAAGGAUUCAAAGAAAGGCAAAGACUCAGCAACAGAAUCUGAAGAUGAAAAAGGAGGUACAGAGAAAGAUAGCAAAAAAGGUAAAAAGGAUUCAAAGAAGGGCAAGGAUUCAGGCAUAGAAUUACAAGCUGUAAAAAUAGAUGAAAAGAAGGAUGAGGAUGGAAAAAAAGAUGCAAAAAAAGGUGAUGAAAUGAAGGAUGCCAAGAAGGAUGCCAAGAAAGAUGCAAAGGAGAUUAAAAAAGGCAAGAAAGAUAAGAAGAAGCCCAGUAGUACAGACAGUGACUCAAAGGAUGAUGUCAAGAAAGAGUCUAAGAAGGAUGCCAAGAAAGAUGCCAAGAAAGAUGCCAAGAAAGAUACUGAGAAAGAAUCUGCUGAUUCAAAGAAGGAUGAAAAGAAAAAUGCUAAGAAGGAUGCAAAGAAGGAUGAAAAGAAGGAUGCAAAGAAGAAGGGCAAGUAGGCCUUGGAUAAGAAUUCGAACCGAAAGAAUAAUUCAAAAGCAUAUUCGAUGAAACAAUAGUGGUAGUCUGCAACUGAAUUUGUGAGAAAAAAAGAGGGCUCAAAGAAUUAAAUAAUUUUUAAAGGUGGUAAAGAAGGAUACAAAGGAGAACUCAGAAGAGAUUUAUAAAAAUACAUAAGAAAGAUGUUAAGAAAAAUUAAGGGGGGAUCCAUUGAAAGUCUUGAAGAAUACAUAUACUUAAAUUUGGGGAUAUGAAGGAUUCAAUGAAUGAUCUCUAGAAAGAUUUAAAGAAGAAUAUUCAGAUAAUGAUGUUGAAGAUAAUGACACUAAAUCUAUGGACACACAUACACACACACAGACAGUUUAAUGAAGGCUUAAAAAAAUCCAAGGAGACAGAUGUUGUAUCUAUAGAUUUAAAAUAAGCUCAAGCUGCAGCCACAGAUACAAAGAAAUAUAGGAGCCAUGAAAUGAAGUUAAACACCUUGUAGAAAGCCUACUUUCAAGUAAAUAUAGCAUUCCUUUAGAAGAAAAAAAAGUAAAGAAAAGAAAAAAAAUGUAUUACCGCCUGAUGAGCCUAUAUCUUUCUUUCUGAAGUUUAAACAACCACAAUCAUGUUUAUGGUUGUUGGAUGUCACACUUCCAAUCCAAAAGAAGCA